AUGGUCGUCUUCGGCUAUUUUCCGAUGGGGUUUUUUCCCCUAAUAGUUAUUGUCACGUUACGGAGCAACGAAGCUAUCGACAUCAAACCUGACCGAACCUCCGAACUGAACGUGGAUGAACAGUUUUUGAAACAGAUAUCACGACACUACUGUAACCGUUUGACAGGAACCCACGUCGUACUAUUGGCCGAACCGUCUGUCACGGCGCUGUUCUACAAGAUUUUGCUCAGGUAUUGGUAGCAUAAUAAUAUUAUAAGAGUUGGUCCUGUUAAAAGUUCGAAAUUACAUAACAAAAUUAUUUUUUUAAUCAAUCCUGAAAUUCAAAAUACAUGUCAUGUUUACGGUUUAAUGUCUAUCUAAAUUGGAGAUUAACGAUUUAAUCAUUAGCCCAAUAUACAAACUAAUUAUUUUGAAACCUUAUUUUUGUUUUUUUUUUCCAGAUCGUUCCGUUCGACGUUUUACAUACAUAAAGAGUUGACAGGAAAUUUUUCAGCAAGUGACUAUAUUGUACUUUUUGUCGAAGACGAACGGUUCUUUUUCGAAGAGAUCAAUUACAACCGUCGGUUUUGGUACACUACUAAGACUUAUUUGAUAGUCAGCGAAAACGAAUUGAAAACGAAAAUCUUAUGGUCACACGUCCAACGGCUCUGGGAAGAUUUUAAAGUUUUCAAGAUAUCUCUAUUGCAUUCGGACAAUUUGAACGUUUUGAGAAUAUUUGACCACAGGUUUUAUAAGCACACAAAUACCACUGCCCGUAAAUUGAAUUACGGUAUACACAACACGAAAAAAUAUCCAUUGAAAGCUGUGAUAUUUCCGAGAAUUCCGUCUAUUGUGCACAACGAACGAGACGGAGUGUGGACCGGACCAGACUGGUUGACACUGCAGGCGUUUGGCAAUCAUAUGAAUUUGACUCUGGAUUUAAACAUUUUAUCGGAACCGACCGGAUUUGGAAGGUUCGUUGUUAAAUUUCUGUUCUAAAAAAAAAAAAAAAAAUGAAAUUUAAAUUGUAACCUAAACGAUUCGGUGUGCAUUUUUCAUCUUUUUUUCUUUUUACCUUUAUCCCACGGAAGUGCAGGGAACAGUUAUUCCUGCCUUUUAAUUCCCACCCAUAUUCCCUAUCUAAGGUCAUCUUUUCAUUUACUAAAUGUACUCUCAUAUUACCCUAAUAAAUCUCUAGCUACUUUUUCUUUGGCAUACGAAAAUAUUAUACACGCGCUUACUUGUUUUACCUAUGAUUUUAAAAUGGAUUAAAUUUAUAAUUUAUUUAAUAAAAAUAAAUAUUAUUUUCUUUAUUUACUGAUAUAAAAUUUAAAUUACAUAAAAUAAAAUAAAAUGACAGUAUAAGUACACAUAUAUGUUACAAGUAACAUAAUUAUUAAUAUACAUUGAUAAAAAAAAGAGGAAAACAAAUAUAGGUAUAAAUAAUAUAAAUAGAAAAACAACAUUUACAAUGUAAACAAUAUUUAAAUCAUGUUUAACAGUUUAGUAAAAGUUAAAGAAACAGAAUAAAAAUAAACAAGAUAUAAGACGUAUAAGGUUAAUGUAAUUGAAUUAGGAAUACAAGAGAGUAAAUAAGAUGGAAAAGGGAGAUAAAAAUGAAAAUAAAACAAUAAAAAAUUAAAGUUAAUAAGAUAAAAUGUUUGACAGAUUAAAUUAUUAUUAGUAUUAAAUCAACAAAAGGCAAUAGUCGAACACCCUGACAUAUUUUGUUGUGACAUCGUUUAAUUUAAAUUUAUUUUCAGUUUGAUAAACGGUACGUACACAGGCGUGCUGGCCGAGGUAGCCUACGGCAGAGCUGACAUAUCUUUUAAUAGCCGUUUCAUGAACGACCCGAUGAUCAACAAGGCGUACCGCUACAGCAAUUCGAACGGCUGGGAUUUCAUAUGUUUCGUAGUGCCAACGGCCGGCCCCUUGUCCAGAUUGCAGAUAUUGUUGCAGACCUUCACCUUCGGCGUAUGGCUGUGCGUGGCUGUCACCUACGCUCUGAUGACCAAGUCGUUUCAGUUGUUCAAUAAAUUCCAAUUGGUCGGUGGCGGAGGUGAUCGAAAGAUUUCUGAUCCGUUUAUGACCAGUAUUCAAGUAUACCUAUUAUAAUAUAUUAAAAACCAAACACGGUGAAUAGAGUUCGGUUAAUUAAACAAUUUUUCUUGAUUUUCAAUAAUUUUGUUAAAAUCUGAAGUUCAAAUAUUUUAUAAAAGUUGCACACAAACGGAAAAAAACCUCAAUAAUUUUAAAUAACUACAAGAAAGUAGGUAUUUCACAAGUUUUUGAAUGGAGAAAGCCUAUAGUCUAAUAUUCUAAUAUUAUACUAUAUAAUAUACAGUAUUACAAUCAAUAGUCGUUUCUUGGUCCACUCUGCAGAAUCUAAAACAAAAUACAAAUAAUAAAUGCGUUUUAAACUUGAAACUUUUGUUCCGCAGGUGGUUUUGGGCAUGGGCGUCUGUAGUCUACCGAAGCACGGGACCGGUCGUUUGUUGCUUGUGUCAUGUUCGGCAGCUUGUUUCGUGCUCGUCAGUUUGUUUCAGGCAUCAAUGGUAACAAAGUUGAGUAUCGAAUCCGGUCAAAAAGACAUAGAUACGUUUGAGGAACUUGACCAGAGUGGCAUGGAAAUCCGAACUUCAUUAAAAUCAGUCCGGGAUUCGUUGGCUAUGUACUCGUACACGAAAUCGCUGGCGAACAAAAUAGAUUUGAAAAAAGCCCGACGGGAUUACAUGAAGUCAAAAUUCGUAUUUACCGCGAGAAUCAUGAGUUUGAACAGCGGAUAUGCAAAUUAUGUUGGCCACUUUCAAAACGACACUGUUGAAUUGCAUAUAGUAAAGGUCUGGUUAUGCGUUUUUUUUUUUUUUUUUUAAUGAAAAAAAAAAGAACUGAUACUGAGGUUGGGAGCGGCCACUGUUGUAAGUCAGAAGUUGGGAAGGUUAGGAUACAUAAGGUUAUUUCAUUUAUAUCUGUAAGCAACGAUAAACCAUCGCUUGACGAAAGACGAUUCCGACUGCAGUUUGGUAGUACAUAAUUUGAAUUGUAAUUUUUUUUUUGUGACUUUCGUUUAAAUUUAAUUUCAAAACGCUUAUUAAAAAAAAUUUUCCGAUGAUUUUGGAAAAUUUACCACAUCUAGGUAAGUCCAAUAUAAGUAUUAUUACCAAGUUUUAAGUCUCUACAUGUAUUUAUAACCGAAUUACAGCAAAAAAACUAUCAAAAAUUAAAAUUCCUUAAAAGCUCAAAAGUUUUGGUGAUGAUACCAAUAGAAAGUAAAUCAAAAAGGCAACAAAAAAUGUGCCUAGUGAUUUUUCAAUUUAAUAAUUUUUUCUGGUAGAAAAUGUCCUAAUUGUUUUUAUAAAAUAAUGAAAUCGUGAAAUUGUACGUUUCCCGGCGUUUUUCCGCGCUCAAGUUCUUUUAUUUGAAAAAUGGCGUCGAAAAUUAAAAAAAGACUUGUAUGAAAAUAAUAAAUGUCAACUAGUAAACUAGUGAAUGAAAAGCACCGUCUAGACAAUUUGAGCUUUUAGAAAAGUUGCUACACGUAAAAAUCUGAGCAAGUUUACUAAAAAAAAAAUGUGUCCACAGACUAGAAAAAAUAGAAAUAAAACAUUUUAGUAAAACCAAUAGCUCUAUCGCUAUUCUCGGAAACUAAAACUGUUAUUACCCGUAAUAUAUAAAUAUUGAUAGUAUAGGAUAGGUUAGGUCAUUUAUUAUAAUCCGGUUGUAGACAUCAAUAUAGUUGUUAAGAAUUUUUUUAAUUUAAAUCAUGUUAUUUUUAAAAAAGCAUAACUGCAUGCCGGUUUGCAGAAUAAAAUAUAUGCAGAGUUACAUCAAAAUAUUAUUGUGGCACACAUUAUAUGUUACAGUGUUAGACCUUAAAUUUACGCAAAUUUUCACUUAUAUCCGUUAUAAUUGCUUAUUGCGAAUCACCACUAUAAUCAAGAAUUGUUUUGUGUCUUUGUCUAAUUACAUACGGCAUGCCAGCGUACAAUAUUAUAAUUAAAUAACAAAUUACACGUUAUACUCUAACCGGUUAAAAAUCAUCCUCGGAUUCUAUAAUUAUAUUCAAACGUGUCCAUAUUAUAAGUCUGCAAACAUGAAAUAUAGUAAUUGCAAAAAUAUGAAAAAUAUGAGUCACGAUAUAAACAUAAAUAUUUUAACAUUUUUUAGAUUUUGAAUGGAGCGAAGAAUUUAUUGGUGUUACAAUUUGUUUUUUUUUUUUGUGGACAACAUUUCUACAAUCAAUUUUGCUCCAAUUUACAAUGAUAGCACUUUCUGAAUGGAAAUUGGACUGGAGGGAGGUCUUUUUUUGAUAUUCCCCGAAGUUUUUUCAAUAAAUGGAAAAAAAAAACGUAGGAAAAACGAGAAAAUAGAUACAAUAUUAAACACAUAUUAUUAAACAAAAUAUAUAUUGCAUUUAUAAUUAUUUUACCAUUCUGUGAUAUUCAUAUAUUAUUGUGAGAAAAUUCCUAUUAAACAAAAAACAAUUGUAUGUAAUUAAGUUUUGAAAGCUUUCAAUACAGCAAUUAUUUAAACAAUUUAAAAAAAAAAAAUUAAAAUUGAAUGAAACUAUGUAUCAAGAUACAAAUUAUAAGAUAACAAAGGUUCUAACAUAAUAGUUUGAAUGCAGGCGUAGACAAACUUAUUCUUUAGAAGAUCUUUGAGCGAAGUACGUUGAAUUUCUGUAAAUGAGUUUCACAAUCGACGUAUGUACGAGUAUACAUUUAGAAGAAAUUAAUAUGUUCUCGUUGUGGCUAUUCGUCCGUAUAGGUAUAGUUACUAAUACAUAGUUAGGGUUAUUAGGUGGUUGGCAAGGAGUUAUAAUGUAUUAUUCAUAAUUAACGUAAUUAUCCGAUAUUUAUCCGUUAAUUAUUAGUUAUCAUAAUAACAUUUAUAAUCAUUAUAUUUUUUUGGUUUAAGUAUUGAAUUUUCCAUGAUCAAAAUUUUAUAAUAAACACAGAGCUGACCAUUACUAUGUUUUCCCAAUGCUAAUACCUCUGUUAAUAUUAAAUUACUUUUGUUUUUUAUUUGUUCAAUUGGAUUUCGGAUCAGUAGGCAUAUUUUUAGAGAAAAAAUAUGUUUGUCCAGUAACCUGAUUGUAUUAUCACUUGGAUUCUUUUAGAUUCCGAGCGUAGCGAGUGAGAUAUUGGUUUUAUUGAGAUGUUUAUUUUUUUUCCUUCUUUCUUUGUUUUAGUCUGUGGACACGUUUUUUCCUAAUAAACGUGCUACAAUUUGUACGUGUAGAACCUUUUCUGAAAGCCCAAGUUAUCUAAAUUGUACUUUAAACACGUCAUUUUUUGAUUUUCGACGACAUUUUUUAAAUUUGAUCACUAAAAUGAGAAAAAACGUAGGAAAACGUAAUUUCACGAUUUCAUUAUUUUAUAAAAUCACGGACGACGUUUUCUACCAGAAAAAUAAUUUAAUCGAAAAAUUACAAAAUACUGUUUUUGUGCCUUUUUGAUUUAUUUUCCUACGGUAUCAUAGUCAAAACUUUUGAGCUUUGAAAGAAUUUUAAUUUUUGGGAGUUUUUUGCUGUAAUUUGGUUAUAAAUACACGUAGCGACUUAAAACUUGGUAAUAAUACUUAUAUUGAACAUUUUCGGACGACUUUUUUUUUUUUUAAUAAGUGUUUUGAAAUCAAGUUUAAACGAAAAUCGCAAAAAAAUAUACGUCACUCCAAAUUAUGUAUUACCGAACUGCGUUCGAAAUCAUCUUUCGUUAAGCAAUGGUUUAUCGUUGCUUACAGGUGUAAAUGAAAUAACUUUAUGUAUCCUACCUUCUCAACUUCUCACCUACAAUAGUGGCCGCUUCCAACCUCAGUAUCAGUUCUUUUUUUUUAUUAUUAUGUUUUUACGUAAAGCUUCUGCCAAAUUUCAACCAUACAAACAUUUCAAACGUUAACUAUGAAGCAUUUUAAAUAUUUGUCGCUUACGAAUUUACUUCAAGGUAAUAAUAUUGUAAACUGAUGGGAGGACGGGCUUGCUAUAAUUUCUAACUAGGUACUAUGAUAGAAUGACUUAGAGAAACAUCAAAUAACCGUUAUCGUAUUAUAUUAUUAUUGGGAAACUUACAUUAAAUUAAUAAAAAAAAAUUCCCGACUGAAAAUUUAUUAGAAAACAGUUCUAAAUUUAAAAAAUAAAAGUGGUUAACUGUUUUUGUGUCUUAAAUUACCAGUUUAAAGCCCUGCAUAAUACACUAGGUUACCUUCAAAGUAGUAUAUAAUAUGGUAUCAUAGUUUAUUGUUUAAAAUAUAUUUAGAAACCGGGAAAUCUGCACACUUGUAAUGUGGGAUUUCUUAACUUGUUUGAUUUUAUCACACAUAAGAUAUCCAAGUGUCGCGUUUAA